AUGGUUUCGCCCAAGGGGAAGGUUUUCCUCAUUGCUGGCCAUGUCGCCCUGGCCGGGCUCUUGUAUGGCCUGGACACAGGUUCUAUUGGUCCAAUCACGCAAAUGCCCCAAUUCGAAUCCUCUAUUGGCCGAUUAUCGUCUACUCAGCAGGGUGUCUACGUCGCUUGUAUCCUCCUUUCGUCAUCCGCAUCCUCUCUGGCGAGCGGCCAUGUCUCGGACCGCAUCUCGAGAAAGUACGGAAUUCUCAUCGGCAGCCUGCUCUCACUGGCAGGGACCAUAAUAUCCGCCUGCUCGCCUAAUUUCGCUAGCCUGAUCGUCGCCCGGCUGAUUACCGGGGUCGGCAUGGGCCAAGCCAUUUCUGUCACCACUGUGUACCUGGUGGAGAUAGCCCCUGCAGAUGUGCGGGGCGUGGUGGCUUGCUCACUUCAGCUUUACGUGGUUUUUGGCAUUAUGGCGGGGUACUUUAUCACCUAUGGGACACAGUAUCUCAAUGGCAGCAUGUCAUGGAGGGUACCAUUUAUCAUCCAGGCCAUCAUGGCCGCUGUGCUGUCGGCCGUGAUGCUUAUGCUGCCAUUCUCACCUCGAUGGCUGGUGCAGGUCGGCCGCAACGAAGAUGCACGCCGGGUUUUGCGUAAACUGCGCCCUGAAUCUACGGUAGACGAGGAGCUACGGGAGAUUCAGGACAGUCUGCAGUCUGACCAGCGGCGACCGACCGCUAGUAUGGCGGAGAUCUUUGGUCGGAAGUACAUUAGUCGUACAUCGCUUGGUGUGUUUCUGAUGACUUUUCAGCAAUUGACAGGGAUCGACGUUGUCCUAUACUAUGCACCUAUCCUUUUUCAACAAGCGGGUUUCACUUCUACCAAAGCCUCCUUCCUGUCAUCCGGCAUCAUCGGUAUUGUGAUGCUGGUCUUCACUAUCCCCGCUCAGAUCUGGGUAGACCGAUGGGGGCGCCGCAAGCCGUUGAUCACUGGGGGAUCAGCAAUGUCCAUCUGUUUUAUCAUCAUUGGAGCACUGUACGCCCGUUACGGUCACACAACCCACGAUGCUGUCACCCUCGAGUCUCACUCUGCUCAGUGGGCCGUGGUGGUGCUGAUAUUUAUCUUUGUGGCAAACUUUUCCUGGUCGUGGGCUGUGGUCGGCAAGAUCUACGCCUCAGAGAUCAUUCCUACUCGGCUCCGGGCAAAGGUAUGUGCGGUAGAGCUACUUGCUAACUGGAUCGUGAACUUUAUCGUCACCCUUACUGCCCCGUUGUUCCUGCAUCGGUCUCCGUCAGGACCAUACUUCUUGUAUGGGUUCUCGACGCUCGUGGCGGUGGCGGUGUGUGUGCUGAUGCCGGAGACGAAGGGGAAGAGUUUGGAGAGUAUUGAGGAGUUGUUUGAGAAGGGUGAUGAUAGUGAAGCUGCAUAGGCCAGUAUUCUGCCUUAGACGCCUACAUUCGUGACGGAUGCAUAUCUUAUUGCAGCUACUCAUUGUAAAGACAUGAUUACUAGCGCUGCGACUUUAUGGGAUGUUAAAUCUUGUCAAAAAUUAAUCUGU